AUGUCAAACACUGAGACUUUCAAGUUCGAGGCUGAAAUCAGCCAGUUGAUGUCCUUGAUCAUCAACACCGUUUACUCAAACAAGGAAAUUUUCCUUCGUGAAAUCAUUUCCAACUCCUCUGAUGCUUUGGACAAGAUUCGCUAUCAAAGCCUUUCUGAUCCCCAUGCCUUGGAUAAUGAAAAGGGGAUGUACAUUCGCAUCACUCCAUACAAGGAAAGCAAGGUUCUUUGCAUCCGUGAUACUGGUAUUGGUAUGACCAAGAAUGACUUGAUCAACAAUCUUGGUGUGAUUGCCAAAUCUGGUACCAAGCAAUUUAUGGAGGCUGCCACUUCUGGUGCUGAUAUUUCUAUGAUUGGUCAAUUCGGUGUCGGUUUCUACUCUGCCUAUUUGGUUGCCGACAAGGUUGAAGUUGUCAGUAAGCACAACGACGACGAACAAUACAUCUGGGAAUCCUCUGCCGGAGGUAGCUUCAACGUUACUUUGGACACUGAGGGUCCUCGUUUGGGUCGUGGUACCGAGAUCCGUCUUCACAUGAAGGAUGAUCAACUCGCUUACCUCGAAGAGAAGACCAUCAAGGAUACCGUCAAGAAGCACAGUGAAUUUAUUUCUUACCCCAUUGAACUUGUUGUUACCCGUGAAGUCGAGAAGGAUGUUCCUCAAGAGGAAGACACUACUGAGGAAGUCAAGGAAGACGAUGACAAGGCUCCCAAGAUCGAGGAAGUGGACGACGAAUCCGAGAAGAAGGAGGAGAAGAAGACCAAAAAGGUUAAAGAAACUACCACUGAAAACGAAGAGCUUAACAAGACUAAGCCCAUCUGGACUCGUAACCCUAGUGAAGUUUCUAAGGAAGAAUAUGCUUCUUUCUACAAGUCUUUGACUAACGACUGGGAGGAUCACCUUGCCGUUAAGCACUUUAGCGUUGAGGGUCAGUUGGAAUUCCGUGCUGUUCUCUUCGCCCCUCGUCGUGCCCCCAUGGACUUGUUUGAAGCCAAGAAGAAGAAGACUAACAUUAAGUUGUACGUCCGUCGCGUCUUCAUCACCGAUGACUGUGAAGAAAUUAUUCCUGAAUGGUUGAGCUUCGUCAAGGGUGUUGUUGACUCUGAGGAUUUGCCUUUGAACUUGUCUCGUGAAAUGCUUCAACAAAACAAGAUUAUGAAGGUUAUUCGCAAGAACAUUGUCCGUCGCUGCUUGGAUAUGUUCACUGAAAUUGCUGAAGACAAGGAGAACUUCAAGACUUUCUAUGAAGCUUUCAGCAAGAACUUGAAGCUCGGUAUCCACGAGGAUGCCGCCAACCGCCCUGCUUUGGCUAAGCUCUUGCGUUACAACUCUCUCAACUCCACUGAUGACAUGAUCAGCUUUGAGGACUAUAUCACCAAGAUGCCCGAGCAUCAAAAGAACAUCUACUUCAUCACUGGUGAAUCUAAGCAAGCUGUCGAAAACUCUCCUUUCUUGGAAGUCUUCCGUGCCAAGAAGUUCGAUGUCUUGUUCAUGGUUGACCCCAUUGACGAGUAUGCCGUUACUCAAUUGAAGGAAUUCGAAGGCAAGAAGUUGGUUAACAUCACCAAGGAUGGUCUUGAAUUGGAAGAGACUGAUGAGGAGAAGACUAACCGUGAAAACCUCGAGAAGGAGUACGAAGAGUUCGCUAAGCAACUCAAGACUAUCUUGGGUGACAAGGUUGAGAAGGUUACCGUUUCUAACAAGAUUGUUGGUUCUCCUUGCUUGUUGACUACUGGUCAAUAUGGCUGGUCUGCUAACAUGGAGCGUAUCAUGAAGGCCCAAGCUCUCCGUGAUACUUCUAUGAGUUCUUACAUGUCUAGCAAGAAGACCUUUGAAAUCAACCCCAAGUCUGCUAUCAUUGCUGAACUCAAGAAGAAGGUUGAUGAAAGUGGUACUGAGGACCGCGCUGUUAAGGACUUGGCCACUAUCUUGUUUGAGACUGCUCUCUUGUCUUCUGGUUUCUCUUUGGACGAUCCUAGUGCCUAUGCUGGUCGUAUCAACCGUCUCAUUUCUCUCGGACUUAGCAUUGAUGAGGAAGAAGUUCCUGUUGCUGAGCAAGCUGCUGAGCCUACCAAGGAGGAAGCUGUUGAAAGCAAGAUGGAAGAGGUUGACUAA